UAAUUUUCGUUUCUACUCGCCAUAGGGAUUUUAUUUUUGAAAAAAAAAUCGCGUUAUUCCCGGAAAUGUUGUGAAAGCUUACGAGAGAGUGAUGUCGGGUGACGCGGCGAUAACGGAUCUCAGCAAACACGAAAUGUCGGUGACGGAAUACUUGCGGAAGCGGGACGCCUUUUCCUCGCGCCCGCCGGACGUGGCCCUCUACGAGAAUCUCGGCGGUCUUCCCGACGUGACCAACAGUGCCCAGUACGGACGCCACAAUUCCAGUUCGCUUCGGAACCCGCCCAUCUACGAGAACCUGGACACGUCUUCGACUUCGGACUACGUGAACGCGUCUGCGGCCUUUGACUUCACCGCCAUGGCGAGUGCGUUGACUGCCAAGGACGGGUUCCUGCCGCCCCCGCCUCCGUACCCUGGACCCGGUUGCCUGUUCCCGGUGUCGGCUCAAAAGCCGCAACAAAGGUACCGUCAAGCCCCGGCGUAUUCCCCGUAUUCCCCUUUGCCGCCUCCAGUGGGCCCGAAAAGCUCCAAGCUCUUGUCAUUUUCCAUCACGCCGCCGAGGAACGUUGGGCCGAGUGAGGCCGAAAAGAAGGUGGACGCCUUGACGAGACGGAUCGAAGAAGAGAUGGAGAACAAGGAAGAAGAAGGGGAAUAUUUCGGGAUUUGUCACACGUGCGGGGAACGGGUGACGGGUGCGGGCCAGGCGUGCCAGGCCAUGGGGAAUUUGUACCACACCAACUGCUUCAUUUGUUGCUCAUGCGGACGCGCGUUGCGAGGCAAGGCGUUUUAUAACGUGCACGGAAGAGUGUAUUGCGAAGAGGACUACUUGUGGACCGGGUUUCAGCAGACGGCGGAGAAAUGCGCCAUUUGCGAGCAUCCGAUCAUGGAAAUGAUUUUGCAGGCAAUGGGGAAAAGUUAUCACCCUGGUUGUUUUCGUUGCUGCGUGUGCAACGAAUGUUUGGACGGAGUGCCGUUCACGAUUGACGUUCAGAACAAGAUUUACUGCGUACAGGAUUACCAUGCAAUAUUUGCUCCGAAAUGUGCUGCCUGUGGGAAAGCAAUUACGCCGGUUGAAGGCACUGAAGAAACAGUGCGAGUCGUUUCCAUGGACAAGGAUUUUCAUGUUGAUUGCUACGUUUGCGAGGAUUGUGGGAUGCAGUUGACUGACGAACCUGAUAAAAGGUGCUACCCGCUCAAGUCCCACUUGUUGUGCCAAGCGUGUCAUUUGUGCCGGUUGGAGGACCAGUAUCAUCAGCCGACAAGGAUGAAUAUGCCUCCUCAAGAGUAUCCUGACAGUCUUACUAAUUUUAGAAACGAAAUAUUUGUGCCGGUUGGAGGACCAGUAUCAUCAGCCGACAAGGAUGAAUAUGCCUCCUCAAGAAGAGUGAUAGAAAGUGUAGCGAUGGAGGACUUGGACAGGGUUCAAGCUAUUGUCAAUAGAAUGACUGAAGUCGUUUACAGCAGUGGGCGCGAGUUGCCCAGGGUUCGUCGGAAUUUCCGACAACUCAUGGAAGAAGGCGAUGAACUGUGGACUCGACACGCAACUAGGCCGAUUCCGGAAGCCGAGGGGAUGGCGUUUUUCGGGUCCCGGGGAGUGGACAUGCUUUCUGCCAAGCGGGUCCUGGAAUGCAUCGGACAAACCCCUGUGGUGAAGCAGAGCGAAGAGCCUAGUGUCGUGAACGUGCCUGCUUAUUUGGAACGAGCCAAGGAACUGUUGGUCUUGGAAGCGUUCCGUGAUGCGGCCGACUCGGUGUCGAAGGCGUGUGAGCAGUCUUUCCGCGUGUGUGCAGACAUGGCCUGGGAAGAGCUGAAGAACAGCAUUCUGGAGGAGGACGAAGACGAUGCGGUUGAUGAGCGGAUGAUGUCUGUUCAGAAACCUAUCUUCCAUUCCGUGUCGAAUGCGGAAUCGCGAAUGACUUCGUCUGAAGUUGAUUCUGUUGGUGCCAAGUUUGCUCUGCGUUUGAUGGAGCACAACCGGGAAGUCAUCGCUGGAAAAGCUUCAUCAGAUCUUCUUCACAAAUUUCUGCUUGCUGUUGAUGAACUCAAGUCCACGACUGUUUCGGCUCGGUGGAACAUGAUCUUAGCGUAUAAAGAAUUGGCGUCUGGGAAGAUUGGCGAAUCGUCUCCAGAGGCCUUUCGAUUAUUGCCGGAAACCAUUGACAAAAUCGUUCUCAUCGGCAGAAGACUUCUUGAGGAGAAAUUCCAAUUGCACAUCGAGAAAGCAGUGUGGCAUAAUAUGCAGAGUGUGGAGUUGAAGGGUCGUCCGGGACAGUGUGAAUUGAUCAGAAACUAUUGGAACACUUGCUUGAAGCCGUCUUUCGAGUACUUGCAUGAUCCCAGGAAUAGUGGGGAUUCCCACGAAGGACUUGUUGCGGGUGUUCCAGCCUGGGCGUAUUUGUAUUUUGCUCUGCGCUGUGGAGACUGGGACACUGCUCUCGAAAUUGCGGAUCAAGCUGGGAUGAUUUUGGCGGAAGUAAAACCAUAUUUGACAGAAGUGGCUGCGAGUGCGAAGAAACGCUUGAGCCCAGAGUCGGAAGCGAGUAUUAGACUUGCCUACAGGAGGGAUUACGUCAAUUCUCUGGAUCCCUUCAAGAAAAUCGUUCAUUGUAUCCUCGGAGCUUGCGAUUUUGCAGAUGGUCACGAGGCAGUUGUAUCCACUACUGAUGAUUACAUGUGGGUCAAGUUGUGUCAACUUGUCACAUCCAGUGCUUCGGCCGGACAACCACUCAGCACUGCGUCUUUACCGGAAUUCCAGAAGAUGAUUUCCGAAGAUUACGGGGAGAAUCACUUCAACGCGAUGAAGAAACCGGAUUUGUAUUUUUCGGUCUUGAUGCUGUCUGGACAGUUUGAAAGGGCGAUAGAGUUUUUGUACCGGUUGGAUGGUACGUUGAAGACGGAAGCUGUGCACAUGGCCCUGGCUUUGAAAGAUCUGGGUUUGCUGAUCCACACGAAAAGCACCAAGCGAAAUAUGCUGGAUUGUGUUCCUGGAGAUGCUGUGAGACUGAAUGUCGGGCGAAUGACGAUUUUAUACACGAAGAAGUUUUACAAGAGCGACUGCGUCGAAGCGUUGCAUUACUAUUAUCAACUGCUAGAUUUUGAGUAUGGCGGACAAAACGCCUUCUACCGCCUGGCAUCGGAGAUGGUCCUCGCAGUCGGCAACUGGGAAUUCUUCUUUGGGAAACUCAUGGGCGACUGGGUUCGCAGCACCGGGGCCCUGGACGAAUUCCGCCUCGACACCCACAAGGUCAUUUCGAUGGUCGCUGACGAGUUGCACGGCCGUGGCGACGAUUACGACGCCGUGAGUCUCAUGUUCCUCUGCACUCGCGAAGACGAAGGCGUGGAGUUGCUGCUCAAGAAUUUGAGUCACUGCGCUGUGCUCAAGCCCGGAAGUGUCGGGCCGGAAGUUGUGAGGAAGGAAGAAUUUGUGAAACAGGCCAGAGGGAUUUUGGAGUUUGUCGGGGAACGAGGCAGGAGCGAGAUGUCGGCGUAUUUGUGCUGCGCCCUGGAGGUCAUGCUGAAUGUCGUGCACUUUUUUGACCUUUUCCACGAGAAAAAGAUGCUCCCUGCUCUCGAGCUGUUGGAGCCCAUGGGAAUAGUUCCGCUGAAAAACGAAGCUGUGCAAGAAUGUGUCCAGUCUUACGGCAAGAUUCAUCCGAGUUUGCAACGCUUGUUACCGGAAAUGCUACUCGCUACGGUCCAUGCCUUGUUUCAACUCUACAAUGCUGCCAGAUCUCACGGGGAUUCCGGAACCGGAAUUAUUUCGCGACCCAAGCAUUUGCGGGAAGUGCAGCAGAAGGCGUCAGCAGCAGUGGCAUUUGCCGGUAUCAUGUCGAACCACGUUCCAGCUGACGUCAUUGUUCAAAUUCUGCAACUCUCGGGUCUGAUGUGCUGAGCCAAUUUUUUGCUAACUUUUUUCUGAAAGAAUUCGGUUUUUUUUCCGGGUUGCGAAUUACAAUGCCGGGUAUUUUUCCUGGACGGUUUGUUGCUCGAGUCAA